GAGAGAGAGAGAGAAAAUAACCCUCGCUGCUCGUCUUCGUCUAUAAAAAACCCCGCUUGCAGUGCAUCCCAAUUCGUUCCAUCACCAAACCUUAAGAAACUCUUAGCCACAACCAAAGAUAUCAAAGAAGAAGGGGGAAAAAGGACAAUGGCGGCGGCCUCCACCGAAUUUGUCCAUGCAACCUACGACCCCCUGGUGGCGGCGGAGCAGAAGGCCUACCUGGAAACCAAAGCCGGCGUCAAAGGCCUGAUGGACGCCGGCAUCAAGGAGCUCCCCCGCAUCUUCCACACCCCGCCGCACUUCCUCCACGACAACCCCACCGCCUCCGCCGACAACCUCGACCUCACUUUCCCCGUAAUCGACCUGGCCGGCGGCCGCAAAGACAUCGUCGACAAGAUCAGGGACUCCUCCGAGAACUGGGGGUUCUUCCAGAUCGUCAACCACGGCGUUCCCCUAACCACCAUGGACGAAAUGAAGGCCAGCGUCCACCGUUUCUUCCACCAGGACAUCUCCGAGAAGAAAGAAUUCUUCGGGACCGAUCCUACCGGAAAAGUCGUCUAUCUGACCAACGAGCGGGACUGGAGCGACCUCAUGCUGGUCGACAUGGCCCCCGACCCUCCCAGGCCGGAGCAGCUCCCCUCGACGAUGAGGGACGUGCUGAGGGAGUACUCCGACGAGAUGUUCAGACUCGGAGACCUGCUACUCGAGUUGUUGUCAGAGGCUCUGGGACUGGAUCCCGGGCACCUCAAGGGGAUGGAGUGCGCCGCGAAUCUGGGGAUAGCGAGCCACUACUAUCCGGUGUGUCCGCAGCCGGAGCUGACGCUGGGGAUUACGAACCAUACGGAUCUGGGGUUUGUUACGGUGCUUUUGCAGGAUCAUGUUGGUGGGCUUCAGGUGCUGCACCGGGAUUUCUGGGUCGAUGUGCCGCCGCGGCCGGAUGCUCUGGUGGUCAACAUCGGAGAUAUGCUUCAGCUGAUAACUAAUGACAAGUUUAAGAGCGUGAAGCACAGAGCGGUGGUGAACAGCGUGGAGCCAAGAGUAUCCAUUGGUGCGUUUUUCGGCUAUGGGUCUCCGUUGCUUACGAGAUCGUAUGGACCGAUAAAGGAAUUGUUGUCGGAAGAGAAUCCUGCCAAGUAUAGAGAAACAAAGAUUCGGGAGUUCUUCGUUGGGUCGUACAACGAGGGCAUUGGUAACACCUAUCUGCCGCUGCUUAAGAUAUGAGGAAGAAAUUGUACCUCAAUUUCCCAUGCUUUGGUAAUUGGAUAACAGUACUUCCCUUUUGAUGAUGUGUGAAUAAAAGAGAUCCCAAUUUCGGGAUUCUUCUGUUGCGCGCCGUUUAUUGUAACGAAAGCGGAUUGAUAAUGGUGUUUUGUUAUUUGAUUUGAGCUAAAUUUUUUGAAGCCAG